CUUCCCAUGUAUCUGCUCCCAACUAUUGUAGUUGAAGCGAAGUGUUUCAGUUCGCAGCCGUGGAAGUUUUAUAAAUAAAUAGCUUCCGCUGCAGCGUUCCCUUGAAAUUCUUUCGCUUCAACUCCAAGCAAAAUGGCUCGCUCUUUCUCUAACUCCAAACUCAUAUCUGCUUUCGUCGUUGAUACUGUUUCUUCCUUUGUUAGCAGGCGUGGGUAUGCGUCAUCAGCUGGAGUGAGAGGAUCAGGGGUUAUUAAUAUUAUGAUGAAGAAAGGUGGGGAAGAAUCAAGCAAGAGGACAACAUCAUGGGUGCCAGACCCAGUAACUGGUUACUACAGGCCAGAAAGUCAUGCUAAAGAGAUUGACGCAGCUGAGCUCCGCCAGAUGCUCUUGAAGCAUAAACCUAGACAGCACUGAAUGGGACAUGGUAUGGAUCAAAUUAAUACUCUGUAUUGAAUCUGGGGUUUUGGUUACUAUAUACCUCGUCCCAUAACGCAUCCGAUCUAACCAUUUGAUCGAACGAGAGAUAUUAUGAGUUACUGCUUUUGUUAGAAAAUACGGAGCGUUCUAGCUCGUCAAUGCUUCCUGUUGUUAUAACUGAAUUAAUGUUGUAUCCUGUCAGGCAUCUGUGUGUUCUUGUUUAUCUAUGGAUCAUCCUUUUGGCAUUUUAAUAAAGUUAAAUUUGUGGUA